AUGAGAACAGGAGGUUGUGCAGUGCAACAAGCUCUAACAGCUGAGGCCGCCGGCACCGUAAAACAAGCGGUGGUGCUAGCUAAGCGGCGCGGACAUGCACAGGUGACUCCUCUGCAUGUAGCCAAUACCAUGCUGGCGGCCACCACCGGUUUGCUCCGAAUAGCCUGCCUUCAGUCCCAUUCACACCCUCUUCGGUGCAAUGCCCUCGAACUCUGCUUCAACGUCGCGCUCAACCGCACCCCGGCAUCUGCUUCCAGCCCUAUUUUAGGCCAUCGUCAUUCUCAAAUUCCCUCCUUUUCAAACGCGCUGGUGGCGGCCUUCAAGCGCGCCCAAGCGCACCAGAGACGCGGCUCCAUCGAGAAUCAGCAGCAGCCUAUUCUUGCUGUGAAAGUAGAGUUAGCCCACCUCAUAAUUUCCAUUUUAGAUGAUCCUAGUGUUAGUAGAGUCAUGAGAGAAGCUGGGUUUUCGAGUACUCAAGUGAAAAGAAAUGUAGAAAAAGCUGUUUCUUCAAGCAAUAGACCCAAAGAAAAUAAACUUCUGUCCCUGUCCCCAUCUCCAUCCCCAUCACCUCCUACUAGUGAUCAAACUGGAGGAAACAAUAUCAAGCCAACUGCAUACGAAUCAGUGAAAAAUGAAGAAAUAAACAGCGUGAUCAACAAUUUAAUGAACAGGAGAAGGAAAAGUAUUGUUAUAGUAGGUGAGUGUGUCACUGAUAUAGAAACUGUAGUUAGAGGAUUAAUGAAUAGGGUUAAAAAAGGAGAAAUUCCUGAGGAUUUGGGGGAAGUAGAACUCAUAAGUAUCCCACCUUAUUCAUUCUGCAAUCUUCAUAGAGAAGAAGUUGAAAAGGAAAUGACAGAACUAACCUGUCUUCUGAAAAGUCUGGUGGGAAAAGGAGUUGUUUUGUAUUUAGGAGAUGUCAAGUGGCUUCUUGAUCAUAGGGUUAGUUCUGGUAUAUACUCUCCUGUAGAGCACAUGAUCAUGGAGCUUGGGAGAUUGGUUCAUGGAAUUGAAGGGAUUGGAAGGUUUUGGCUUAUGGGAAUUGCGACUUUUCAGACUUACAGGAGGUGUAGAACAGGCCAUAAUUCACUUGAAACUGCUUGGGGUUUGCAUCCUGUCACAAUACCUGCAGACAGUUUGGGAUUGAGUCUAAAUCCUCACAGUAAUGAACAAAUUGAGGCAAGAAACAACAACGAAGAAAAUGAUACUUGUCAAUUAUUGCUUUCAACUGGAGAAGAAAAGCUCCCUUGCAGGGCUGAUUAUUCACCAAAAUUCCAAAUUCAAACUCCAGAUUCACAUGCUAGCAUUUGCAACAGUGAGCCCACAUUGUCAAGCUUGCCUCCUUGGCUUAGGAAUGAAAGUAAAAGACUUAAUACUGAUGAUCAGAACUGUGUCUCAGUGGGAGAAAUAUGUAAAAGAUGGAAUUCAAGAAGUGAUUCAGUCCAAAACCAACCUUCACCGUUUGGUACAACCCUAUGCGUUUCUUCUGCAUCAUCACAGAACCCUAAUUUGCUGUUAAGCCAUUUCCCAUUGCUAGAAUCCACACAGCCAUCGGAGAAUCAGCAAUGGCCAUCUACUGCCCCUAAUUCUGCAGCUUCUUCAAGUGACGUGAUGGAUACGGACGAUUACAAGCAAAAGUUUAAAGAAUUCACUGCUGAAAACCUGAAUAUCCUUUGCAAUGAAUUGAAGAAGAAGGUCCCAAGGCAGAAAGAAAUUAUUCCUGAAAUUGCUGAAACUAUAUUAAUAUGCAGGUCUGGAAUGUUAAGAAAAGACAAGAAACAAGAAACAUGGUUAUACUUCCAAGGCCUUGAUAUAAAAGCUAAACAGGAAAUAGCAAGGGAAUUGGCAAAAAUAGUUUUCGGUUCGUAUUCAAACUACGUAGCAGUUAAUUUACUGAGCAGUUUUUCAUCCACAACAAGGGAAGAUUCAGUUCAAAGAUUUGCCCAAGAAGUGACCGCUAAUCCUCAUCGUGUAUUUUUCAUCGAAGAUUUGGAGCACACAGAUUAUUGCUCUAAAACCUGCAUAAAAAUGGCAAUUAAGAGGGGAAGAAUAGGGAAUGCAGAUGGUGUAGAAGUUAGUCUUUGUGAUGCCAUUGUCAUAUUGAGCUCUGAGAGUAUUGGUUCAAGGACAUGUUCUUCUUUUACCAAGCAAAAGUCUGAUGAAUCAAUGGUGGAAAAAGGUUGUGUUUCAUUGGAUUUGAAUCUGUCUUUUGAUGCUCAUGAUAGUACUGUUUGUGUUGAAGAUGAGUCCAUUAACGAUCAAGAUAUGGGGCUUCUUGAAAAUGUUGAUAGAUGCAUAGUCUUUAAUUAA